AUGGUCACGGUUACAGUGGCGGUGUCGAAGGCAUUCAGCAAGAACAUUUGGGCUGGGCCGAGAUCUCUUCGACCAGGAGAUCUAGCCGGCGACGAGGAGCUCCCAGGGUCGACAAAUUACAGCGGCAAUGAGCCCGGCAUCGCAGAGGUUGGCGGCGAGCUGCCCGGUAGCAACAUCAACCGCAUUCCCAUCGCCAUCUCCAAGUCAUUGACCAUCCGCCUCUACGCCUCCCACUUCCUGUCGACAUGGAACUCGCGCUGGUUCGAGGCCGCGGUCGUGUACUUCCUGGCCUCCGUCUUCCCGGACAACCUCCUCCCCAUCUCCAUCUACGCCCUCACGCGCAACGCGGUCGCGGUCGCCCUCACCGCGCCCGCGGGCACCUGGAUCGACCGCGCCAGCCGCCUGACGGUCGUGCGCGCAUCGAUCAUCGGCCAGCGCGUCGCCGUCGCCGCCUCGUGCGGCCUCUUCUGGGCCAUGUUGGCGCUGCCGCCCCCCGGCCCCGAGAUGCUGCGUCGCGGGCUCUUCGCGGCCACCGUGGUCUUGGCCUGCGUCGAGAAACUCGCUGCCGGCGUGAAUCUGGUCUCGGUCGAGAGGGACUGGGUCGUUGUGAUUACCGAGGGCGACGAGGAUGCCCGCAGGACGAUGAAUGCGCGCAUGCGCCGCAUCGAUCUGUUCUGCAAGCUGCUUGGGCCCUUGAGUGUCGCGCUGAUCGCCGCCGCGUCGGUCCCGGCUGCUGUGUUAUUGACGCUCGGCAUGAACUUGGCGUCGGUUCUGGUGGAGUACUACUGUAUCGAGACGGUAUUCCGCAGGGUCCCAACACUUCGCCGUUCCGCGACCCCGUCCACUCCGCUACCCCCAGAGGAGGCUGGUACGCACCAGGAGCAGAGCCGGCAGCCAUCGCCGCACACCACUUUCCGACAGCGGCUUCAGCGCAUGGCAGCGCAGGUCCUCAUGAUUCCCACCUUGCGCCUCUACUUUGGCCAUCCAGCAGUCAUCCCGUCGUUUUCGCUGUCCCUGCUGUACCUCACCGUGCUCUCGUUCUCCGGCCAGAUGCUGACCUACCUGCUUGCUUCCCACAUCAGCAUGUGGCAGGUAGGCAUCCUCCGCGGCGUGUCGACGAUCUUCGAGCUCAGCGCCACCUGGAUCGCUCCCCGGCUGAUGAAGCGCAUCGGCGUCAUCCGCACGGGUCUGUGGUCUAUCGGCUGGCAGAUGGCGUGGCUCGCUGGCGGCGCCUCGUGGUUUUUCUCCUACUACGGGCGUGGCUACCCAUCCGCCAGCCUCAUGCCGGCUGCCGGACUAGCCGCUGCUGUGGCCUUCAGUCGUAUUGGUUUGUGGGGAUUCGACCUAUCGGCGCAGAACAUCGUGCAGGAUGAAGUUCAAGGCGAUCGCAGGGGGGUGUUCUCCACCACCGAGACAUCGCUCCAGAACGUGUUUGACAUGCUGUCGUGGGCCAUGACGAUCAUCUGGUCGGACCCCAACUCGUUCCAGUGGCCCGUUCUCGUCAGCUGCGUGGCCGUCUACGUAGCGGGUGGGCUCUAUGCCUCCUUUCUGCGCCGACGCAGGGGACACCUCAUCCACGCGCCGUCGUGUCUCGGGCCUAAAGUGGAUGCAUGA